UGAAGCGGCAUUGUCGAUAUCCGCGUUUAUAAACCCAGGGUCGUUACAAUACAUUCAGUUGGACAACUGACCAGGUAUCCCCGUUUCCUCACAGUUAUUUUACAUGUGUAAAUCAUAGUAGUAAUGAAGUAAUGAUUGUCCCUCUAUAGAGGCGGGCCAGAGAGGCAGACUGGGAGGAGAAGAGGGGGGGAUGUUCAUCUGUCUGUCCUUUAUCUAAUGCCCACCACAGAGAGAGAGAGAGACAGCCAUUCAACUUCAACCGACUGGUGCACCAACCAACAACAUGUCAAGCCUGCUAACUUUCAACAAAUAACGUUUUUUUUUAAUUAUUAUUAUUAUUAUUAGUUCAUUUCAGGAGGAUCAUAAUGAACGUUUUAUAGCCGACUACUGAAAACGGGGUGAAUUUUUUUUUAAACUGAACUCAAUCUCAAGAUGUCUAUACUGCCAUUCACUCCCCCGAUUGUGAAGAGACUUUUAGGCUGGAAAAAGGGUGAACAGAUAAAUAGACAGGAGGAGAAAUGGUGUGAAAAGGCAGUGAAAAGUCUUGUAAAGAAAUUGAAGAAGACAGGACAGCUGGACGAGUUGGAGAAGGCCAUCACGACCCAGAAUAUCAACACCAAAUGCAUUACCAUACCAAGGUCUCUAGAUGGUCGACUCCAGGUAUCCCAUCGUAAAGGCCUUCCUCAUGUCAUUUACUCUCGUCUGUGGCGUUGGCCAGACCUGCAGUCGCCCCACGAGCUCCGGGCCAUAGAGCUGUGUGAGUACGCCUUCCACACCAAGAAGGACGAGGUGUGUGUCAAUCCCUACCACUACCAACGCGUCGAGACACCGAUCCUCCCUCCUGUCCAGGUUCCUAGACAAUCAGAAAUCCCUACAGAGUGUCCUGUUUUAGAUGACUACAGCCAUUCUAUCCCUGAGAACACCAUCUUCCCCGCCGGCAUCGAGCCACAGAGCAACUACAUCCCAGAGACUCCUCCUCCUGGGUAUCUGAGUGAGGAUGGAGACGCCGGCGACCACCUCAACAACCUGAUAAACACUGACUCACCUAGUAACCUGUUACCAGAAUCAGCCUCACCAACACAGGACACUAACCUGGACCUACAGCCAGUAACAUACUGUGAGUCAGCGUUCUGGUGCUCUAUGUCCUAUUAUGAGUUGAACCAGCGUGUGGGUGAGACCUUCCAUGCCUCCCAGCCCUCUCUCACUGUGGACGGGUUUACAGACCCGUCCAACUCAGAGCGCUUCUGUCUGGGACUACUGUCCAACGUUAACCGCAAUGGUGCCGUGGAGCUCACACGCAGACACAUAGGCCGGGGAGUGAGGUUGUACUACAUCGGAGGAGAGGUGUUUGCAGAGUGUCUUAGUGACAGUGCCAUCUUUGUCCAGAGUCCCAACUGUAAUCAACGCUAUGGCUGGCACCCUGCCACUGUCUGCAAGGUCCCUCCAGGCUGUAACCUGAAGAUAUUCAAUAACCAGGAGUUUGCAGCUCUGCUGGCCCAGUCAGUGAACCAGGGCUUUGAGGCUGUCUACCAGCUCACCAGGAUGUGUACCAUACGCAUGAGCUUCGUCAAGGGCUGGGGCACCGAGUACAGGCGACAGACCGUAACCAGCACCCCUUGUUGGAUUGAGCUGCACCUCAACGGCCCCCUCCAGUGGCUGGAUAAAGUACUGACGCAGAUGGGUUCCCCCAGCAUCCGCUGCUCUAGUGUCUCCUAAAUACACGCAGACAGAACAGUCAUUCUGGAGAAAAAUACCUUUUCUCUCAUGGCUAACUUACUAGGAAGUUUGAAAAGACAGGCUGAGCUCGACUUGACUGACCUGCUCUUUGAAAAGCCGACGUCAAGCAACUUGGAUGCAGUGAGCAGUGUUGCAGUAAUAUCAUGUCAAAACUAAUGUGGCGAUACACAAAGCAACUCAAAGAAGGGCCAGAAGUAUACAGAAUGGUGUACAUUUAUCAUCUAUUAUCAUAUAUAUGUUAUCUUAUAUAUUAUCUUAUAUAUUUAAUAUAUUUUCAUCUCGUCUAUUUUUAGCGUUUUUAUCUAUUUUCAUCUGUUUUCGUAAUUGAAUGGUGUAUUUUAAUCCAGAUUAUGGUCUAUUUUAAUCCAGAUUAUGGUCUAUUUUAAUCCAGAUAGUGGUCUAUUUUAAUCCAGAUUAUGGUCUAUUUUAAUCCAGAUUAUGGUCUAUUUUAAUCCAGAUUAUGGUCUAUUUUAAUCCAGAUAAUGGUCUAUUUUAAUCCAGAUAGUGGUCUAUUUUAAUCCAGAUAGUGGUCUAUUUUAAUCCAGAUAGUGGUCUAUUUUAAUCCAGAUAGUGGUCUAUUUUAAUCCAGAUAAUGGUCUAUUUUAAUCCAGAUAGUGGUCUAUUUUAAUCCAGAUAGUGGUCUAUUUUAAUCCAGAUUAUGGUCUAUUUUAAUACAGAUUAUGGUCUAUUUUAAUCCAGAUAGUGGUCUAUUUUAAUCCAGAUUAUGGUCUAUUUCAAUCCAGAUUAUGGUCUAUUGUAAUACAAAUAAUGUUUUUUUUUUUUUUAAAUACAGAUGUUUUUUUUAUAAUACAAAUAAUAGUCUAUUUCAAUACAGAUAAUGGUCUUAAUAAAGAUUCUGAUCUAUUUUAAUCUAAAGGUAUAAAUGCUGGCCGCUCUAGAGGUGUAUUUCUGUGAAGAUUGUUAUUGGUUUGAUUAUGGUUACUGGGUCUUCUCCCUCUCUCCUCCUAGUACAGGGGUAUCAUUAUGGUUACUGGGUCUU